CUCCCUUCUUCCUCCCUUCUUACCCCGCUAACCCUUCGGGGGUGGGGAAAAGUUAAGGCGUUAGAACAGCGUUAAAUAGUGGAGAGCGUCAGAGGUGCCAGGACUGGCGGGGUGGCAUCAGGCAUCUCGCUUGCCGGGGUCUGAGAGGUAUCCUUGAGGCUGGGCCGCUAGGCUGGUCCGUCGUGGUGCUUGGUUGAAUUUCUCUCACCUGGUGGCUUCUGGAGUAUGCGGAGCUGCCUUUGCGUUGGUGGGAGGAGUCUCGGACCUCCCGUCGCCCUCUACUCCUUCUGUCUCUAGAGCCAAGCUUUGAACUUGCAGCCCUGCGACAAAGCGCCGGCACCAGAUACCCGGGCACCGGGAGCCACCAACCCAGUUCAAAUCUCUGUGAUUCCAAAACAGAUUUGUUGCACCACGCUCUUGGCAGUCCUAAAGAUCUCGGUGUACCGUGUUCCUAUUGCGAUCGCAUCAUGGAAAAUCAGUUGGCUAAAUCAACUGAAGAAAGAACAUUUCAGUACCAGGAUUCUCUUCCAUCACUGCCUGUUCCUUCACUUGAAGAAUCAUUAAAGAAAUACCUUGAAUCAGUAAAGCCAUUUGCAAAUGAAGAAGAAUAUAAGAAAACUGAAGCAAUUGUCCAAAAAUUUCAAAAUGGUAUUGGAGAAAAAUUGCAGCAGAAAUUACUUGAAAGGGCAAAAGAAAAAAGAAAUUGGCUGGAAGACUGGUGGCUGAACGUUGCCUACCUGGAUGUUCGUAUACCAUCACAACUGCAUGUCAACUUUGGGGGUCCUGCAAGCCAUAUUGAACACUACUGGCCUCCAAAGGAAGGCACACAAUUGGAAAGAGGAAGUAUAAGUCUUUGGCAUAUCUUGAACUACUGGCAGCUAUUAAGAAAAGAAAAAUUGCCUGUUCAUAAAGUUGGAAAUACUCCUCUAGAUAUGAAUCAAUUCCGAAUGCUGUUUUCCACCUGCAAGGUUCCAGGAAUUACUAGAGAUUCAGUUAUUAAUUAUUUUAGGACUGAGAGUGAAGGGCAUUGCCCAAGUCACAUUGCAGUGAUGUGUCGAGGCCGAGUUUUUGUGUUCGAUGUAAUGCAUGAAGGAUGUUUGAUGACCCCACCAGAGAUUCUCAGGCAAUUGACAUACAUCCAAAAGAAGUGCCAUAGUGAACCUGAUGGACCUGGGGUAGCAGCGUUAACUAGUGAGGAGCGAACUCGAUGGGCUAAGGCACGAGAAUAUUUGAUUAGUCUCAAUCCAGAGAACUUGUCUAUGUUAGAAAAAAUUCAGAGCAGUUUACUGGUAUUUUGUUUAGAUGAUGGCAGUCCGCAUGUAACACCGGAAGAUUAUUCUCAGGUUGCUACAAAGGUUCUUACUGGAGAUCCAACAGUACGCUGGGGUGACAAAUCUUAUAACUUGAUUUCCUUUUCUAAUGGAGUAUUUGGCUGUAAUUGUGAUCAUGCUCCUUAUGAUGCAAUGGUUAUCGUAAGCAUCAGCUAUUAUGUUGAUCAGAAAAUUUUUGAGAGUGAAGGAAGAUGGACGGGUUCAGAUAAAGUACGGGAUAUACCACUUCCAGAGGAGCUUGUUUUCACUGUGGAUGAAAAAGUAUUAAAUGACAUCAACCAAGCUAAAGCCCAAUAUUUCAAGCAGGCAUCUGAUCUGCAGCUUUUGGUCUAUGCCUUUACGUCUUUUGGCAAAAAGCUAACCAAGAAGAAGAAGCUUCACCCUGAUACCUUUGUUCAGCUGGCACUUCAGCUGGCCUACUAUAGACUUCAUGGACGCCCUGGUUGCUGCUAUGAAACAGCUAUGACAAGAUACUUUUAUCAUGGCCGUACAGAGACUGUGCGAUCAUGUACCGUAGAAGCAGUCAGAUGGUGCCAGUCCAUGCAGGAUCCUUCUACCAGUCUUUUUGAGCAGCAGCACAGGAUGUUAGAAGCUUUUGCAAAACAUAAUAAAAUGAUGAAAGAUUGUUCAACUGGAAAAGGAUUUGACCGUCAUCUGUUAGGUCUCUCACUUAUAGCAAAAGAGGAAUGUCUCCCUGUUCCAGAACUCUUUACAGACCCACUUUUCUCCAGAAGUGGAGGAGGUGGAAACUUUGUUCUCUCAACAAGUCUGAUUGGUUAUUUAAGAGUCCAGGGAGUGGUGGUUCCCAUGGUACACAAUGGCUAUGGAUUUUUCUAUCAUAUCAGAGAUGACAGGUCACUGCAACAGGUUCUCUUCAGUCUUCUUGCUUCCACCUGUCCUUCCUUACAGAUCAUUCUCUACACAGCAGCCCUGAUGGCCAAAUGGAACUCAAUUCAUACUGUUUUCCGACUCAGAACCCUCCGAGGGCUUUUUCUUUCACUCACGUUUAUUGUGGCCUGUACAGCCUGGAAAUCAUGUCCAGAAACUGAUGCAGAAAAACUAGUUCAGCAGACUUUUCGUGCUUUCAGUGAUAUGAUGCAACUGAUGGACAUUGCUCGUCUUUAGAGACUAAUCAUUUAGUAAGCACUUAACAAAACAUAUCAUAAAACUGGAUGCUGGGUGUGGGUUGGUGAUGUGAGAUAGGAAGGGAUGUUGACUGAAGGAAAGUUGUUGAAUGUAGAAAUUAGUAGAAUUAUGCUCUCUAAAUUUAUUCUGACAUAGAAAGUAGAAAUAUUUUUAAGCUUCCUCUGAUGCAGCAGCAAUGCAAAUUAUGAUAUGACUAUAGAACUAUGCAAACUUGAAGGUUAGCCUCAACAAUGCAAAUCUACAGAUUUUAACAAUGCAAAUCUAACUUUUAAAUAUCUUUGUUGGUACUCUAUAGGUAAUAAAUCUUCUCUCUGAACAUCAUCCUAGACUCUAUCUUUCAAGCACUUUAACAUUUUCUAGUUGCCAAAGGAUAUGAAAUACAUGAUUGGAUGCUAAUUUCCCUGAAAUCAAUGAUUCCACAUUCAACACAGGGUUAUAAGUCUACCAUGUUUGGGAAAAACCACUACAAUUUAGUCUAAGAAAAAGUUUAUGUUGAACAGACAAAAGAAUUUGGUUGUAGUAAGGAGGUUUACACCCUCUGACAUACAUGAAAAACCCUAAAAAAUUUAUUAUAGUAUAUUGUUAUAAUGAGUUUUGUGAAUAUGAAAUUAAAGCAUUUAUAUUUAAAAUCAGUGACUUUAAAAGGAUUAAACACUAAAUCAGAUUCUCAGGAUUUAUUUUUCCUUUGUUCUGUUUUGUAGUUUCUAUUCUCAGAAAAUAAAAUUCUCAGAGUCAUAUAGCUUCUUGUUUAGUGUUUUAGUAAGUGCUUCAUUCUUGUUUGACCUUGUACUUUCUGAUCAGUUAUGUAGUGUGUAAUAAACCAUGCAAAAUGUACUGUCUUA